ACACAUAAUUUCAUUUAUUCAUCCUUUCAUAACUUCUAUUUGAUGGGUACUAUGAAAUUUGAACCAUACCAAUUGGGCUUUUUCUAUAAGCUUUUUUAAGAGAGAGAUAGAGAGAGCACACAAUCACAAAGACCCAUCCACUUACAAAGUUACAAGCAAAUAUAAGUGGUUUUGAGGAGAUUGAAUUGGAGGCUGCUGUGGAUGAGAUAUCCUGGUGUGGUCUGUUUCUUUUGAUUUCUCCUCAUCUCUUUCUUCCUCUCUAUCAAGCAACUGGAUAAUAUCAUGAAUCUGAACUACUUGAUUCCUGUAGGAUAGUGAGGACUAAAUCAGAUAGGCCAACUGUCACCAUACCCUACCACCCCACAUGCAGCAGCAGAACCCUCUCCUCCUUUCCCCCUUUGCCCUUUCCAUUUGCCCUACCCUCUUUCCCUAUUUAUAAGCCCGCACUUCCCCGUUUCACAGGAAGGAAAAAGAAACAAAAGAGAGAAAUAGGGAGAGACUCAUCGACUAAGAGAAGCCCAGAUAAAAAUCAUAUAUUCACACUCACUGAUAUAUUCUGUUUCAACUCCACCUCCUCAGUCUCGCUUCAAGGUUUUGCUGGGUUAAUUACUGAAGGAAGAAGAAGUAAGCAAUUUUGCUGAUGGAAGUGGCUAUGGAGUUAGAAGACGACUUGUUCUUCGCCGACUUGAGCAAGCAGAUUUCUCUACUGAUUAUGGAUGAUGAUGAAGACCCAGUUGCUCCUCCCCCUUCUGUUGGCUUCCAGCAGGCAUACUCCAGAGUUAUUUACCCAGCAGCGCAAUCUCCGUUCAUGUAUGAGCAGAAUUGCAGAAGGGAGAGCAAAGGGACGGGCGUGUUCAUCCCACAGUCAACACAGCCAAGAAGGAAGCAGAGGCAAGCCAGAUACACUGCUAAUGGCCUCCAGAUUAAAGGUCACAGGAAGCUAGACGACAAAAUGGCUGCACAAGUAGCAACUUACACCAAUUCCUACAACCCAAAGAAGGGAUGAUGAUGAUGAAGAAGAUGAAAAUGAAAAGGAAUCAAGGAAGGGGAAAGGACCAAAUAAUAAAACCCAGAAAGAGAACAAGUUCUGCUUCCUGGAAAGUGCCAUGAUUCAGUAAUAAUAAUAAUGUUGUUUCUCCAAUCAAUCCUCAGUUUGGCAAAAUAGGGUGGGGAAGGUGGUGAAUUUUGCAGCAGCAAGCAAGGAAUCUAUACAGCAAUUUCUGUGUUAAGAUCUCUGAUAUGUUGAACAUGUACAUGGUGAAGAAGUAUGCUAUUUAUUUAUUGUUUUUUUGGGUUAUGUUAGUAGGAAUGUGGAGGUGAGAGGUCUCAAUGGAAAGGGAUUUUUUCUCUAAUAAAAUGGGGGAAAUGUAUGGUGGGUUAUGCUGUACUGAAUUUGCUCAAUCAAUUCAUAAGAUUCAUUACUUGGAUUUGUUGAUUAACAUAAUCAGAACAUUCAUUAAUAAUACAUCAGUAUAUCUCCCUUUUGGGGAAUGCAGGGU